UGACAGUGACAAGUAACACCUGUGAGAAUAGGAGAUAAAAAUAAUAAUAUAAAAAAGUGUUAUAAACUCGUUUUUUGUACACUAUAAACAUCACUUAUCUUCUUUAGAAAUCCCAUAAUAAUAUAUAUUCCAGGUUUUAAUGUACUGCCAUAGUAAAUAUUUAAAUUAGUUGUAAGUUUGAACGAUCUGUUUAUUGUAAUAAGUAAUAACCACAACCGGUGUGGCAUAUUACUUAGAGGAAAUUAAAAAUAAACAAUGUUGCCAAUAUUGAUGCAGUUUCUGAGGACCAAUGCUCCAUACAUAACUCUGCCCAUCGCUGCGGUCGUGGGCAUCAUCGGGUACAACCUUGAGAGCUUGUUGUCUGACAAAUAUACACCAUACAAUAAGCCUGUUCAAGACCAAAGAUUUGAUAGAAUGACGGAGGAAGACAGUUUGAAAGAUCCAACAAAUGUGAAAAAGCUGAAAUAUCAAGAAAAUGUCCUUGGAAAAAAUAUACCUCCUUCAUUAGAGAAACAUUAAAUGUUUCACUGGAAGAGUAGAGUAGAACAAAUUAUGUUUAAGUGAGAGGAAGUGCUGAUAUUUGACUUGGCUCUUGCAAAAUGUGACACUCUUAGAACUUUGUGAAUAGAUUCAUUGUUAUUACAA